AUGUGCGCGUAUCUUCACCAUCUUACUUCACCAAUGGAAAUCCAGUACGUCAAGAACGAAGCAGACUUUGAAAAGCAUCUUCGCCAAAACAAGUAUCUAGUGGCAAACUUCACUGCGUCCUGGUGUGGCCCGUGCCAGGCGAUCAAACCAAUGGUUGACCAGAUUUAUGCCAACCCCAAGUUUUCGAAGAUCGAAAUUGUCCGCGUUGAUUUAGAUGACUGUGGUCCUGUGGCAGCUAAGUAUGUUGUUACCAGUGUUCCUACUUUCAUUUUCUUUGAGCUGGGCGAAGAAGUGGACCGUGCACAUGCGUCACUGUUAAAGGCAUCCUUGGAUAAGAUGGCUGAACGGGCCAACGCCGACUCUGCAAGCGGUCCACGGGGCAACAAAAAACUUCUGGGGCUCGAGCUGGAAGUCUCUCUGCUUGUUCCUAAAGGCUUCAGUGUGUUGAACAACGUGAUUCACUUUGGGGAAAUGGUGGCAUUGAACGUGUCCCCUUUACGUUCUUCGGACGGCGAGGCUGAUGCCAGGGAAGUCUUUAGACCCGAUUCUAAAAACCCUACAACGAUUUUCACUGAUGCUGACUCACAAGCGCUUUUUUUCGUGCCCUUGAACUAUAUUAGCAAAGUAUACUCUAUUCUCGUGAAAUUUGCUGAUCCUGCAACUUGCACUGGUGACAAUCUUGCUUUAGACGAGGAGGAGCUCUCUUCAGAAACACAGAGACCCUGCAAGAUCAAGGUGUGGCCUAACAAACCAGGUGUUCUCUCGUUUGACGAUGCUGCCGCAGAGUCGAAUCCUCCCCAUGUCGAGACUAUCGAGCUGGAUGCUAAAGGACCUUGGCACGAGAUCCGGCUCAAAUAUGUGCGUUUCCAAAAUGUGCAAAACUUAAAUAUCUUUCUCGAUGGCGAAGACGAAGACAUGCAUACUUUGAUUGAGAAAAUAGCUAUCAUUGGUGUGCUGGGUGACUCUGCGGAGCCCGUGACCCUCAGCCACGAGGAGUAA